AGAGACGGUAAGAGAGAAAAUGGGAGGCAGCAUCACCCACCCAGACCGGGAAGAGAGGAGGGGAGGGCAGACAGCGUGCUCGUCCCUCCAACAGACAGAGGUGGAAGGGAAGUGGGCAUGAGAGACAGAAGGGGAGCACAAUGAAGGAGUGCCAUUGUCCAUCCUGGCAGCAUUGCCGUUUCACCAUCUGCUGAAAGGCAGAAAGAGACGGAGGAGGGGACAAGAAAAAGAAGAGAACACGGAGGAGGAGAGGAUAGAUGGAGAAAAGCUACCGGCAAUGACUUUGUGAAUUGAUCAAGCAGAAGAGUGGAUCAGAGGAGAAGCACGUUUUUUUUUUCUAUGUCAGGGAGUGGAGGGAAGGAGAGCCAGACAGAGGGAGAGGACGGAUGUUCGGACAGUCCGGGGAUGUUUAAACAUUAAUGUGGCUUUCAGAUUAAUAUGGAACUUGACUUUAGAUAAAUGGCUGUUACUUAUCAACUGCAUGCUUUAUAAACCAAAAAAUGAACUACUAAUGUUUUGCCAUUUCUUUUAAAAAAGGCAGAUUUGUUAGACUUAAUUUAUACAGAGAAAUUUUAUUACUUUUCAGAUUUUUCUAUUAGAAUAAGAUCUGCUCAGCCGCAGGAGUUAUGUUAUACAAUCAUCUUUAACUGCUGCAGAGAAUAUUCAGGUGUUUUUUAUGCAACUUUUCUUAGCAUUAGUUGUCUUCUAAAGUCAAGCAUAACGAUGUUGUUCUUUACAGCAUACUGUUAAUCUGAAUUUUGUUGCUGUUCUUGCAAUAUUGUUAAGUUUAUCACUCCAACUGGAGUCGGUGCAUUCAGCCAGUGGAGAUGUCAACAUUGAUUGGGUUUUAUGGCUGGUGUGAUGUUGGUCAAACUUUGAUCAUUUCCUGAACUGUAUUGAUCUAAGAGUCUGUAGUUCUUUUUUUCCUGCCAUUGGAUAAAAAAAAAGCUCUAAUGUAGAGUCUUUGAUGCAACAGCUAGUAGAUAAUUGCUUGCCAAAGCAGUUAUCUCUUUGAAGAUUUCUGCUGUUGUUGGGACUUCUUGGCAUAAAACCUCUGCAGGCAUUUCUCCUAAUGUCUGUUGCCAUCGCAACGGGCGGCAGCUGCAGACAGAACAUGAUGUAAAAAUCUUUUCUUUUUGUCCUUGUCUUUUUAAAACUGGUGCUGUUCCAUUUGGUAUUUGUACGCAUUUUAUAGAUAACUAGUUAUAGUUGCAUCUUGUUUCUUUUUAACUGGAUUUUACUUUAUUCUCUAGUCUUUGAUUCAGGGUUGUUUCAGGUCAUCUAUACCCUCUUACCCUUUCUGUAGGGUUGUCCAGUUUAUCUGUCAAGCUUGAUGUGCUGCUAUCAGGCAUUACUAGAUAAAUGAAUUAUCAUUCUGAUUUCUCUUGUACAUAUCGGUGAGUACAGCUGCUUGGCCUCAAGGCUGUGCUUCAUGGUGUGUUGGUGACUCAGGAUUUCUGUCCAUUUUGAGGGUCAUCAUCUUUGUCACCUGACCUACACUGUGUUCAGUGCACUAAAAAUAAUAUACCAGGUCUGUUACGCCUUUGUUAAAGAAUACUUGUAGUUUCCUCUGUAAUACUUGCUUAUCCAUGCAUACUGGAUCUGUUGCCUUUUUAAAGUGCUAAUCUUUUUUCUGGAGUUUUAGUUCUGGAUAAUAUUUGCCUGGGUAUGUUUGUCCAGCCAUAAUUCUUUACAGCUUUCUGGAGCUCAUCCCAGCCUUUCCAACUGGCAGUGCUUUAGUAUGACUGGAUCCUCCAUGGUGCUUUUUGUCCAACACCAGAUGGAUGGCUAGCUAGAGUUGCUAGACAAUCCCUCUGAGGUGCUAGACUUGUGUAGGCGACUGUUCCUCUGCCAUGAAUCCAGCACCCACUACAAUCUUGAGUGGUGUCACUUCAGGCCUAGUAGAUCAUUUAAAUGUUAGUGUGGAAGGAAGGCAUAAAAUAAGCCGCUUGCUUGCAAUUAUUGAAACUUUGGUGCCAUAUUAAAAACUUUGGUGCAUGUUGUUUGGAUAAAUAGGCCACCUUAAAUAGGCAUGGAUGAAUAGUGCCUCAUGAGGUGGGACUGUUGGUGUAGCACUGCCUCCUUCUGAGGUUGAACUGUUUUCAGACUGAAUUAUUGGAUUGAUUUGGAGUUUAAGGAGACUGUUAAUGCAAUCAGACUGUCUUUUCUAGGUUGGACUAUGCAGAACAUGAGAUGUUUAAGGGUGUUUGUGCACUGGAAGAUUUGCCUUAGAUAGGGAGUGAAUAUAAAUCUGGGUUUGCGCAUGUUAAAAAUGUCUGCAUCAACACUCUUCUCUCAGGUAAUCUGGGCUUGCUGUUUGAACUAGGAAGUGCUAAAGCAAGUUGGUGCAAAGUGCAUUGGGUUCAUGUUAAACAUCAGUGAGCCUCCAUUCAGGGAACCCUAAGUGAGGAAGUCUAAACCAGACCUGUCAGGUCUCGUCAUCAUCACUACAAGCUCCCUGGUAGGCACCAUCAUCCUGUGACCUACAUUCUGCAGUGUUACAUCACCGCUGUGCUACUGCAGUGUGUGUUAGUGUACCAGACACUGGCAGGAUCUCAGACUCAACGUACCGCUAUCAAAUGGUGCUUCAGAAAACAAAAAAAUGCAUCCUUACCUAGGUGGCCAGUUAUAGGGAACAAACUUGAACCAAGGCCGGAUCUGUUGUUUUAGCCAUAUCAGUAACCUAAUUCAGGAAUGGGCUCAACUCUGCCAGCCCAGUCUUAAUUACAAACUUUUCAUCUGUCAGUUUUUCUAAAGCCACCAUGUCUAGCCUCUAGUUAUCCACAAUCCUUGCGUAGAAAGGAAAAAAGCAUGGUUCAACUUUAAUAUAUUCAAAUAACGAACUGUUAAACUAGGCAGUCUGGAGAACGGGCGAGCAAUCGCGGGAGGGGGUGAGGGGGAGCGAGAGAUCAUCUGGAAGAGGCGAGAGGACGUGGUGGCUCGCGAGAAGGCAGAGGCAUUGGAGAGACAGAGGUUGGCAGAGUAUAUUGUGUGGAGGAAGAGAGAGGACUUCCAAGAUAAAAAAGGAGACCAAGAGAAGGGAGGAAAGGGCUCUGAGAAAGGGAAGGAGGCUUCACCAGAAGUGAUCUGGAAGAGGAGAGAAGAAGAAGAAGAAGAAGAAGAAGAAGGGGAAGCAGGGAGGGAUAGAGCAAAUGCCAUUCAGAGAGGACAUGAAAGCAUUUGGAGGAAGAGGGAGAGGGAGUGAAAAAGGCAGCCAGUGACGGAUUCGCAUUGCUUUUGAAACAAGUGUUCAGAAGACUGUACAAAGAGUUUGGCAGUAGUCGUACAUCAGUAAGCCUCCUCUCUCUUUUCUUUAGCAGCUCUGCAGGUGUUUGCUGUGUUAUCGACCAGUUGAAGUUGUAUAUUAUGCAUGUGUUGGUGCUGUUUAGUUGGUGUGCACAGCGUCUUUUAGAAACCCCAUGUUGGCCGCUAAUAGAAUUUUUAUAGGCCUACAUCAAGCAAGGUAGAUUCGGCAAAGGGAACUGCUUCACACGUGCACGCCAACACACACAUGAAGAUAUGUACUGCCCCACACAUGUAGACAGAUCAUUAACAAGUGUGCGCCCCUAAGACAAACAGGAGAGGGUAAAGGGGGCGCUUAGAGAGACAAUCACUUGUGUUGAUUCUUCAUGGUGCUGGUGACAGCUGAAUAACACUUACUCUUUGCAGAUUACGUCGGGUUGAGGCACUCACGGAUGUCUUUUUACAUUGGGUGCAAACACCAAAAGGAAACCUCUGUGGAGAGCUAAAAGUUUGUCUUCAUCUAUUCAGGGGAACUAGACAAACAAAAACUUUACAAAAGAACUGAGGACAACAUGAGCUGUACUUGUGCACUAAUAAACUAUUUUCAUCUGUAUUCCAACUUUAUGGUGGAGGCCCAGCUUCUCCAACGCACCGUCUCCCAUCUUGCACUCAUUGUGGAUAAAGCCAAUUUUAUUGCAGUUUGUUUUCGGCUGCUUGGUAACGAGUGGAGGACAGACAACCAGAGAAAUGGAUGUAGAGCUCUUGCAGUGAGCAAGAAGGACAGAUGGUUGUAUCUCCUUUCAAAGGGAAACUUUGAAUUGUGAGACAAAAAGACUUUAAAUCGCUGCAGCCAGUGUGGACUUAAAAUCUCGCCCUGCAUAAUUAUGGAGCUUGUGCAGAAAGCCAAGUACACCCACAUUCGGAGUGAGUCGUUGAGCUCAACCGAUGAAACAAACUCCAACCCAUCAUCGUUUCCGCCUUCCAGCCCAGUCACCCCACUUACCCCCUCCCCUGGUUUACCGUCUUCUCUCUCCUCCUCGUCGCUCACUCCCAUCUUGCCCCCCACAUCUCCCAGACAGGCUGAAAACAGCCCUACCACUCUCUGCUCCUUCUUCCCCAGUAUGAGAUCCCUUCGUCUGGGUGUCUCCGCUACCCUUCUCCCAGGACCCAGGGCUGCUAGCAGGUCACAGCCGGCUCAGGCGCCUGUUGAGUCCUCUGGAGAUGACAGGAGCAAUUCCAGCUCCUCUCCUCCUCUUCAUCAACACGUUGCCCUCCUAACUGCUCCCUGUCCCCCUCCCCGACCUCCUCUGCAGGACAUGAACCGGCUUGCAGGGGCCUCCAGAAGGGCACGGGUGGAAGGAGGUCAGCUGGGAGGAGAUGAAUGGACACGCCAUGGCUCCUUUGUCAACAAGCCCAUCCGUGGCUGGCUGCAUUCAGACAAUGUGGUCAGCACCAGUGGCGUUUGCUAUACAGUACGGUACAUGGGUUGUGUGGAGGUGCUACAGUCAAUGAGAGCUCUUGACUUCAGCACCAGAACUCAGGUCACCAGAGAGGCUAUAGCUGUGGUUUGUGAGGCGGUACCUGGAGCCAAAGGAUCCCGCAGGAGAAAGCCUUCUUCUCGCUCUCUGACGUCCAUUCUGGGGAAAAGUAACUUGCAGUUCGCAGGCAUGACAAUCAGCCUCACUAUCUCGACCAGCAGCCUCAAUCUACUGGCCUCUGACUGCAAGCAGAUUAUCGCCAACCAUCACAUGCAGUCCAUCUCCUUUGCUUCUGGAGGAGACCCAGAUACAGCUGAGUACGUAGCAUAUGUGGCCAAAGAUCCAGUCAACCAGAGAGCAUGUCACAUCCUGGAGUGCUCCGAGGGCUUGGCACAGGAAGUCAUCAGCACCAUCGGCCAGGCCUUUGAGCUGCGUUUCAAACAGUACCUGAAGAACCCCCCCAAACUGGUCACACCUCAUGACAGAAUGGCUCCAUUUGAUGGCUCUGCAUGGGAGGAAGAAGAUGACGAGGCUGUCCCUCCUCCUCCUCCUCCUUCUACUGAGGUUCCUUACUAUAAUAACUUUCCUGAUAAGCAGCCUCCCCCUGGUGGACUGAUUGACAUGAGGACUCGUCCAGGAGCAACACUGCCCUACGGGCAGCCAGGUCAGAGCGACAUUCACAAAUUGCCUGUGCCUCCUCUACCAGUGGGUGCCAAAGAAGGAGGCCGGGAGCUGUUUGACGACCCAUCAUACGUGAAUGUGGAAAAACCCAGACCUUCUGUAGCAGCUAAUGGAAAUGCUCACAGAGACGUUUUUGACAUGAAACCGCUCGAUGAUGCCUUGGGAGUGUCUGGACACGCUGGCCCAACAUCAGUGGUGGUACCGCCGUCGCUGGUGCAACAGUUGCAGAACGAAAUCUGGUUCCACGGUAGCCUGAGUCGAAAAGAGGCAGAGAGACUGUUGACCCGAGACGGAGACUUCCUUGUGCGGGAAUCUGGGACCACUCCCGGACAGUACGUCCUUACGGGACAGCAGGGGGGUCAGCCCAAGCACCUGCUUCUUGUCGACCCAGAGGGAGUGGUACGCACAAAAGACCACCGGUUUGGAAGCGUCAGCCACCUAAUCAGCUACCACAUGGACAACAGACUGCCCAUUGUGUCAGCCGGGAGCGAAGUGUUCCUGCAGCAGCCAGUGGAGCGCAGGGCCUGAAGCCACACACACCAAUGAAAUACUCCACCAAAAAUAGACUCUCACUCCCUCUCCAAAUCCACACAGCACACUCCCAAAAACUUAUGCUUUAAUACACACAACACUACACACAGCACUCCCAGGAAACGACACGACUACAAGCCAAAAUAAUUAAAAUACAUCACCUGUUUCUCAGCAAAAAAAAAAUUACUUUCUUACCGCUGUUGCCACAUCUUCUCCCAUUCUGUGACCUGCAGUCUCCUAGAAACCCAUUGGACUCACCCACCCACCACAGAGAGGCACUGCUGCAUUUUCUGAACCAACUGUGAAGCAGGGAGGAGCCCUUCACCAACAUCACAAAAGGGCAGAAAACAGAUGCAAUUCUUUUUCUUUUUUUUAUUCGUUUGAGGAAAAAAACAACUGCUAAGGAAUUGUUUUCUAAAAUGGUUGAACUGUGGAGGAACGUGAACAGACUUGGUUUGAGAUGGUUAGUGUCUUUAUUUAGGAGGGGAAAUAUUUCCUCCUCAGAGCAUCGCUGGAGCAUUUAUGUUUGAAUAAAAAAAAAAAACAGGCAGUUUCAGGGACUUGACUGAGUUCAGUUCACUCUUCAAGUCUCACCGGAGAAGUAAACGUGACAAGACGGGCAAAUAUGCAUACACGAGUGCGCAGCCCAUCUUAUGAGGAGCGCUGCCCCACCUUCAGUCACUCCGGUUUGAGGACUUUGGACCUUGGAGGAAAGCCUGCAUGCAAAAGCUACGCUAAAGACCAUCAUAUUCUUCAUUGUGUUUUGUAUAUUUUGUUCUGUUAUCAUGAGUCAAAUAACUUACUGGACAUGUGGAGUACAGGAAGAUCAAAACAGCUGUAUCUCCCCAAACCUUUUAAACACAUGCAAAUGUAUAUACACACCUUUACAUGCCAUACACACUCUCAUGUCAUGCCAAAGAUCAUAAACUUGGUUGCUAUUUGCAAGAAAGAAAAAAAAAAGAGAGAAGCCAUGACUAUUAGCUGUUGUCUCUAGGCAUGGGCUGGUAUUAUAUUCUCAUGAUGUAAAAAUCUACAAAAUCUACUAAACAAAUUAGUGAUGUGAUGUAAUUCCCUUUAUUUGACACAGAAUACCAACAGUUGUUGUUGCUGCUGCUGCUAAAAUUACACGAUAUUGGUUGUUACAGUUAAAAUGAUGUGAAAAUAUUUAUUUUACUACUAAAUUGUGAUAUUUUAAACUGAAGCUACAUAAUUAGUCAGGUAGAUGGCACAGUCAGAUACUUUCCAAACAUGCAACUGAAUUUGUAAAGUGUUGCACCUUUUUUUUUUUUUUAAGUCACCAGCUGACCUGUAAUGGGCAGCAACAAGUAAACGGUCAGUGGCAUUUUGCUACUCUACUCUCGUCUCAUGUAAAAACAUUCUGUUCCACUCAUGUUUAAAACCUUGGUACACAUGAGUACUGGUAACUGGCCCAUGCCUAGUUGCAUCAUAUUCAUUUCUAAAUGGGCUUGUUUUUUAGUGGAGAAAUAAUUUGAGGUGAUUGUGCCUGAAUCCUGCGUCAAAGAGGAGAUUUUUAAAGUACACUGAUGUCAGCCACAGAGGGAAAAAAUGGUGCAUUUUGAGAAGCAUGAAGGUUGCUUUUCAAUAGCACUGUAGUGUGUGUUUGCAUUGACAAUCUAUGAGUUAUAGCUUCAGAGUAAAAGCAAAGGUGAGAAAUGCUCAGCAGUCUUUAAGUAAGAGCGCUCUGCUUGCAAAAACUAAUGCAGUGUAUUCUGUCAUUGUGCUGUUUAAUAAGAUGAAAUCAUCUUUUUAACAAAAAAACAAAACCCUUUUAUGAAACAAAGUGGCUCUACAUGACUAUAUAUCAUUUUUUGAAGCGGUUUCGAUCUUCAGUGUGCUAUUUUCAUACAUACAAGGAUUUCAAAAAGGGGGGAAGUUAAUGCUGUUGUUUUCUUCUCCCCUCAGUUCAUGACACGUUUUAUAUCUUUUCAAUUGUGCCUUGUUUCCUCAAUGCAGUCAUGUUUUUUCAAUGCAGUCACCUUAUGUACUUAAUUCAGAUGCAGUCAACUGCAGGGAAUCUCUCAGUUUAGCAAAAACUCUGCAAAAGUAACACCCUGAUGACGACAACAUGCGGCUCCAGUGAUGGCAAUCUCCUCUGAUGCACAUUCCUGCAUUCAGCUUCUAGUCACAGAUACUUGAUGUCACCAUUGGGGAGGGGGGCGAGAGGGAGGAUAUAUUUCUUGAUCACCUGUAAAUAACAUUAAUUUUAGAGUGAUCCGCUUAAAUAUUGUUUCUAUUGUGUAUUUAAUGACUUAUUCAAUGAGGAACGCAGACUGUACAGCAUUAAGGUUGUUCAUUUUAGAAUGUAAGAGAGGUUGAAACCAAAAAUUGUUGAAAUGUGAGAAGGGACCUUUCAGUCACAUGUGAUCAAACAUGCGCACAUACCAGAGUGGCAACUGUUCAGAUGAGUCAGAAAUAGGAAAACCAGAAAGGAGCUCCGUCGUUACUUUGUGUGUGCAUGUUGUGCUGGAAUAGAUUCAGCUGACCCUCUGUAUCAUUAGUGAACUGGUCCUGUGCUGUUGUUCAUCACAGUUGCCUUUGUUGCAUGGAAAUAUGUUUUAAAACGAUGUUUUGUUGUUCACAGUAGUAAUAGUGUCGUUGAUGCUGUUUAUGAUUUUAAGCCAAAGGUUCUUUUUGAAUUGUGUGCAAAGAUAUUAAUUUGUACUUUAUAUUUUCUUUUCAUUCUGUUUUCCUUUAUAGGGAAACAUGUCUGUUUACACCUGUAACUGAAAAUAUAGAUUGCAUAUAUAUCACUCA